CGAUUCCGUAGACUAUAGUCUGUAAAACUUUAACCGACAUGGACGAAUGAUGAGCGUGUCUGCAUUUUGUAAGCCUACAUAAGUUGACAAGCUUUAGACGACAGCAGUUACGAAACAACCUCCAAUUCACUUCAACCCUAAGAGGUGGAGGUUGACCACAGCAUGAUCCUGUAAAAUACGAAGGUUUAUGAUCGAGUGGCCAGGUCUGUGAGGAGCUCGAGUCAUGCUCCAGCCACUGAGGAUCCUUAGCAGAUCCUCAUGGACACUGUCCCGAUCUUGCUCCAGCUAUGUGGCCAGAAUGAGGCAUCUGAACAAGCUGAAAGAGGACGACAAUGCGUGUCGGGUUGCACUGCAGUCUGGGAACAUCUUCCUCUACCACAAACUAGCUCCACUGCUGCAGCGUACCGAGAGUGGAAUAUUCCAGCUACAAAUCCUCCAGACCAGUGAGGUGGAGGGGAUCCUGGAGAAGCUUGGGGGAGAUAAGGAGAUGGUGAAGGAAUCCAUACUGAUCACCUGCAAUGAACAGAACCAGGCACAGUUCUCUUUGGAUGUUGGAGAGCUGGAGCAGGGUGCAGUAGAGGAGCUGUGUGGAGGAAACUUCAUCGAUCUGAGGAAGGCCUUCUUCCUCCUGCAUGGCCCUGAGGCUCCACUGGUGGCUAGAGGGCAGGCUUUGCUUCGGUGGCACCAGUCCAAUGGCUUCUGCAGUGCCACGGGGCAGCCCACCCAGAGAAACCAGUCGGGCAGUCAGAGAGUGUGUCACAGGAGUGGCAUCACCUACUAUCCCAAGAUGGCCCCUGUGGCGAUUGUACUAGUGUCUGAUGGGAAACGGUGUUUGUUGGGGAGGCAGUCUUCCUUCCCACGGGGGAUGUACAGCGCCCUAGCUGGGUUCUGUGACAUGGGUGAGAACCUGGAGGAGACUCUGAGGAGGGAGGUAGCUGAGGAGGUGGGGCUGGAGGUGGAGUCUAUCCAGUACUCUGGGUCUCAGCACUGGCCCUUCCCACAGAGCUCCUUCAUGGUGGCCUGUCAUGCCUUCGUAAACCCUGACAAAACACAGCUGAGUGUAGAUGAGCUGGAGCUGGAAGACGUUCGCUGGUUCACUUUGGAUGAGGUCACCGCUGCGCUCAAGAUCAAGACUCCGCCUCGGAACCCUAAAGGAGAACCACCCACGUUUUGGGUCCCGCCCAGCUACGCAAUAGCCAAUCGACUGAUUCGGGAAUGGGCAGCAAAUAAACAACUCAAAUCCUAGCGGGAUGAGAGGGGAGUUUGUAACCAACACAAGAGUGACAAAGCUGUGGGACUGCAUUGCCUUUUUUUAACAGUUACGUCUCUCUAGAAACCUGGCUUUUAAUUAGCUUGGGAUCUAUUGAACUAACUAGAUAGGUUAGUAACCGUUCAGGGUCAAUUAUGUUUGGUCCUGGUCAGAACUGCACUGUGAUUUGGACGCAUGUCCUAUAUGGAGGAGGCUACAGUGUUUGACCUGAUGCCAUGGCUACUGAAUUUCAUCAGUUAUUUUACUGAUGUACUGUACUGUUAUAAUGUGAGGGCUCAACAAAAAAUCUCAUGUACAAUCAGGAAGCCACUAGUGCCCUGAAAUGUCAGAUGGCUUUCUUUGUAAGUGUUGAAAAAAGUGGCCUUUGCUGACAGAUAUUAACCAUUUUUAAUUUUCAUUAAACUGAUCAAUGACUACCUUUU